UUUACCCACAUUUUUAAUUAAGUCUGGUUCAUUUAUAAGAAGCAGCAUGGGAGAGGCAACUGCUGAUUUAGAUUUACAGUCUGAUGAGUUUAAAGAAUUUUCAAAUUCUGAAGAUGUGAAGCCACUUCUAUCUACAGUAUUUUCAUCUUCUUCUGACAUAAAAACAGAAUUAUCAUUUUUAACUUUCCGUGAUAUCAAACCAAACAUGACAUUUAUAACUUCACAGGAUGAUAAAACCGUUGUUACGCCAGAUUUUUCAUCUUCUACAGACACAAAGUCAGAAUGUACAACAUUUUCCUCUUUUGAUGAUGUAAAACACCAUAUGACAUUUCUAACAUCUCAAGAUAAAACAACAGGAUUUUUAAUUUUUAAAGAUGUGGAACCUGCUGUAUCAGCAGUAUGUACAAGAUCUGAAGAUAUAAAACCAGAAUUAGAAACUUUAUCAACCAACACAGAAUUAGAAAUUUUAUCAACUACUGAAGAUAUAAAACCAGAAUUAGAAACUUUAUCAACCAACACAGAAUUAGAAAUUUUAUCAACUACUGAAGAUACAAAUCCAGAAUUACAAAAUAUAUCAACUAGUGAAGAUCUAAAACGAGAAUUAGAAACUUUAUCAACUAGCGAAGAUAUAUUCCCAGAAUUAGAAACUUUAUCAACCAACAAAGAUUUGAAACCAGAUUUAUGGACAAAAUUUUUAGAUUCUGAGGACAAACAACAAAAUGGACUUGAAGAAAAGCUAAAACUCUCUGAAGAUGAAACAUAUCUCUCUGUUGAUCCUCAUGAUCAUCAUGAACAGUUUUUUCAAAGAUCUAACUUGAAUAAACAAGCUCAAACAGGGGAAAGGCUAAUCGAAUGUGAAGCUUUCAAUAAAAGGUUCUCAGAUAGUUCUAGGUUAAGUAAACACAAAAGAGUUCAUUCUGGAGUUAAGCCAUAUGAAUGUGAUGUUUGUCAUCAAAAGUUUUCAGACAGUUCUGCUUUAAGCAAACAUAAACUUGUUCAUUCAGUAGUUAAGCCUUAUGAAUGUGAUGUUUGUCAUAAAAAGUUUUCUCAAAGUUCUAAUGUUAUUAGACACAAAAGAGUUCAUUCAGGAGAUAAACCGUAUGAAUGUGAUGUUUGUCAUCAAAAGUUUUCAGACAGUUCUGCUUUAAGCAAACAUAAACUUGUUCAUUCAGUAGUUAAGCCAUAUGAAUGUGAUGUUUGUCAUCAAAAGUUUUCUCAAAGUUCUAAUGUUAUUAGACACAAAAGAGUUCAUUCAGGAGAUAAACCGUAUGAAUGUGAUGUUUGUCAUCAAAAGUUUUCAGACAGUUCUGCUUUAAGCAAACAUAAACUUGUUCAUUCAGUAGUUAAGCCAUAUGAAUGUGAUGUUUGUCAUCAAAAGUUUUCUCAAAGCUCUCAUGUUAUUAGACACAAAAGAGUUCAUUCAGGAGAUAAACCGUAUGAAUGUGAUGUUUGUCAUCAAAAGUUUUCAGACAGUUCUGCUUUAAGCAAACAUAAACUUGUUCAUUCAGUAGUUAAGCCUUAUGAAUGUGAUGUUUGUCAUAAAAAGUUUUCUCAAAGUUCUAAUGUUAUUAGACACAAAAGAGUUCAUUCAGGAGAUAAACCGUAUGAAUGUGAUGUUUGUCAUCAAAAGUUUUCAGACAGUUCUGCUUUAAGCAAACAUAAACUUGUUCAUUCAGUAGUUAAGCCAUAUGAAUGUGAUGUUUGUCAUCAAAAGUUUUCUCAAAGCUCUCAUGUUAUUAGACACAAAAGAGUUCAUUCAGGAGAUAAACCGUAUGAAUGUGAUGUUUGUCAUCAAAAGUUUUCAGACAGUUCUGCUUUAAGCAAACAUAAACUUGUUCAUUCAGUAGUUAAGCCUUAUGAAUGUGAUGUUUGUCAUAAAAAGUUUUCUCAAAGUUCUAAUGUUAUUAGACACAAAAGAGUUCAUUCAGGAGAUAAACCGUAUGAAUGUGAUGUUUGUCAUCAAAAGUUUUCAGACAGUUCUGCUUUAAGCAAACAUAAACUUGUUCAUUCAGUAGUUAAGCCAUAUGAAUGUGAUGUUUGUCAUCAAAAGUUUUCUCAAAGUUCUAAUGUUAUUAGACACAAAAGAGUUCAUUCAGGAGAUAAACCGUAUGAAUGUGAUGUUUGUCAUCAAAAGUUUUCAGACAGUUCUACUUUAAGCAAACAUAAACUUGUUCAUUCAGUAGUUAAGCCAUAUGAAUGUGAUGUUUGUCAUCAAAAGUUUUCUCAAAGCUCUCAUGUUAUUAGACACAAAAGAGUUCAUUCAGGAGAUAAACCGUAUGAAUGUGAUGUUUGUCAUCAAAAGUUUUCAGACAGUUCUGCUUUAAGCAAACAUAAACUUGUUCAUUCAGUAGUUAAGCCUUAUGAAUGUGAUGUUUGUCAUAAAAAGUUUUCUCACAGUUCUAAUGUUAUUAGACACAAAAGAGUUCAUUCAGGAGAUAAACCGUAUGAAUGUGAUGUUUGUCAUCAAAAGUUUUCUCAAAGCUCUCAUGUUAUUAGACACAAAAGAGUUCAUUCAGGAGAUAAACCGUAUGAAUGUGAUGUUUGUCAUCAAAAGUUUUCAGACAGUUCUGCUUUAAGCAAACAUAAACUUGUUCAUUCAGUAGUUAAGCCUUAUGAAUGUGAUGUUUGUCAUAAAAAGUUUUCUCAAAGUUCUAGUGUUAUUAGACACAAAAGAGUUCAUUCAGGAGAUAAACCGUAUGAAUUGUUAUGAUAGAUUAUAAAUAUCUAUCAUGGUGUCUCCACCUCUCCCCCCUUCUUGCUACCCCACAGGUAACGGUACACACCUGGACCUGAGUCCAGCGGUAUCGUAAGGCUGACCGGGCCUCGACCUUAGACUGCGGUCACGAGGGCGGAGCCUAAGUCAUGUGACCUGUAGGGUCGGGACGCUACAGUCCGGUCACUCUACCUUCUCCCCUCUUCGGAGGUACACGUUUAUUUUGGUGCUUAGGCACUAGCCAUUAUUACAUUAUAAUUAUUUUGGUGCUACGGCACUUGUUCUCUACGGAGAAAUUAAACGUACGUUUGGCAACGUGUGUAGAGGAUUGUGUGGCUUCAUUGGAAGGUAAUUUACUCUUACUUUUAUUAGCUGUACUGUUUUAAUAUUAAUUAAUAAGUAUGAAUUGAGUAUAAAACAAUGUAUGAAUGAAAAGCCUAUUUUCUAGUAAUGUUUAUUGUAGGCCUUAGGUAAGGCUAAUGUAAAUGUAUUAUCUUGGUAACAAUUGUAAACUUGUAUGUGUCUGAAUGAAUGUUAGGAAGUUGUCACAUGUAUUUUACAGCCGGCUAGCUUGGGGCUGAAACUUAGACGCUACAGAGGUCGGUGUGUGAGCAAGCGUGACCACGCCGCCCUGAAGACCAGUCGCCCAUUCCGGGCUACUCCAAGUUGUAUUAGUACUACUAUACCAAUAAUUAAUGUAUUAAAAGUUAAAUGUUCUUGGAACUGAAUUAAUUACUUUAUCAUAAUUUGAAACAUUUUCACUGAGCCAAAUAUCGGCAGUCAGUCAAUAAUAAUAACCUAACAUUAAUAAAAGCAAUAUUAACUAUUAAGGGACCUCUUGUCCAACGAGACAAACCCUAGACUAAACAGGUCAUUCUGUAGCUGCGGCUAUAACUAUUUAUGUGCGGUAUGACUUGCUAGAGCAUAUUUGCCACAUGAAUGUGAUGUUUGUCAUCAAAAGUUUUCAGACAGUUCUGCUUUAAGCAAACAUAAACUUGUUCAUUCAGUAGUUAAGCCUUAUGAAUGUGAUGUUUGUCAUAAAAAGUUUUCUCAAAGUUCUAAUGUUAGUAGACACAAAAGAGUUCAUUCAGGAUGUAAACCAUAUGAAUGUGAUGUUUGUCACAAAAAGUUUGCUAUCAAUUCUGAUUUAUCAAAGCACAAAAGAGUUCAUUCAGGAGAUAAACCAUAUUAAUGUGAUGUUUGUCAUAAAAAGUUUUCAAACAGUUCUGCAUUAAGCAAACACAAAAAUAUUCAUAUCGUAGCUAAGCCUUAUGAAUUUGAUCUUUGUCAUAAAAAGUUUUCAGGCAGUUAUAAUUUUAAUAAACACAAGAGAGUUCAUUCUUGAGAUAACCCACAUGAAUGUGAUGUUUGUCAUAAAAAGUUUUGAGACAGUUCUUCUCUAAGUAAACACAAAAAUAUUCAUUUAGUAGUGAAGCCAUAUGAAUGUAAUCUCUGUCAUAAAAGGUUUUCAGACAGUUCUAAUUUUAAUAGACACAAAUGAUUUCAUUCAGGAAAUAAUUCGUAUGAAUGUGAUGUUUGGCAUAAAAAAUUUUUAUACAGUUCUGCUCUCAACAGACACAAAAAAAUUUCUUUAGUAGUUAAACCUUAUGAAUGUGAUGUUUGUCAUAAAAGUUUUUCAGACAGUUAUAAUUUAAAUACACACAAGAAAAUUCAUACAGGAAUUUAGCCAUAUGAAUGUGAUGUUUGUUUUAAAAAGGUUUUAUCCAGUUCUAGUUUAAGUAGGCACAAACAAAUUUAUACUAGAGAUAAAUUUUAUAAUUCUGAUGUUAGGCAUGAAAUCUUUACAGUGAAGAGUGUAUAAUAAUAUAUUACAUUAAUUAAAUUGUUGAAGCAUCAAUAGAAUUGACAUUCUAAUCUUUACUUUUUACAAUCUGUAUAUAUUAUUAAUAGGAUAAUGUUUGAGUUCUACUUCUAGUAAAUUACCAAUUUUUUGACCAUGCUUGUGGCUGAACAUUUUUAUUGUUGAUCUUUGUUUUUGGUCUCAGCAAGUUAAGUGGGGUUUUUUACUAACACAACUAUCAGUUUCUAAUGCUUGAAACAUAACACCACAUACAAGUUAUAAAUUAAAUUAAAAAAGACUAAACCUGCAAUGGUUAUGUUUGGACAUUUUAGUAUCAUACUUUUAGUAAAGGUUUUGCUUUGUUGUAUUUAAUUUUGUUUUCUUUAUUUUUAAAAACACUUUAAUGAAAAUGUUACUGUUGUAAA